CGGCCGUGGGGCAUAUCAUCGGAACUCAUCAAGUCAUCAGUUGGACUCACAACUCACACACACACACACACACACACACUACACACACGCAAGUACUGUGCAAGCUAUAGCUAGCUAGCUGAGCUGAGCUUGGUCGUGAACGAGCCCUAGCUAGCUAAGCUAAGGUAGGGGAGAGAUGGCCGGGAGGGACAGGGACCCGCUGGUGGUUGGCAGGGUUGUGGGGGACGUGCUGGACCCGUUCGUCCGGACAACCAACCUGAGGGUGAGCUUCGGGAACAGGAACGUGUCCAACGGAUGCGAGCUCAAGCCUUCCAUGGUCACCCACCAGCCCAGGGUCGAGGUCGGCGGCAAUGAGAUGAGGACCUUCUAUACACUCGUGAUGGUAGACCCAGAUGCUCCUAGUCCAAGCGACCCUAACCUUAGGGAGUAUCUACACUGGUUAGUGACAGAUAUUCCAGGGACAACGGGCGCUUCGUUCGGGCAGGAGGUGAUGUGCUACGAGAGCCCCCGCCCCAGCAUGGGGAUCCACCGCUUCGUGUUCGUGCUGUUCCAGCAGCUGGGGCGGCAGACGGUGUACGCCCCAGGCUGGCGCCAGAACUUCAACACCAGGGACUUCGCCGAGCUCUACAACCUCGGCCCGCCCGUCGCCGCCGUCUACUUCAACUGCCAGCGCGAGGCCGGAUCCGGCGGCAGGAGGAUGUACCCCUGAUUAAUAUUAUAAACUAAUACAUACGUGGCCCAUCGCCCCGCGCCAAGUCAGCAUGCCGCGUGGCGAUCUAGCUUAUAACUAUAAUGAGUAUAUGUCAUAAGAUCAAGCUAGCCACGAAUUAUAUAUGUUUGCCUGUUGACAUACUAUAUACAUAUAUACACACAUAUAGUAUAUGAUUAUGUAUUAUGUUUGUAUUGAUCACCCAAAGUUAAGCUGAGGGCGGCCAUGUAUUAUGUAUUAUAUAUAUAUAUGAAUAUAUAUAUAUAUAUAUCGAAUCGCUGCUUAAUACAGACAUAUAUUUGGUACUGCACUGUACAUAUGGUACUGCAAUAAACUGCCAAGUAGUAACACACACAUAAUAUUAUAGAAGCUACAUCCUAGCUUAAGCUUGCUCUAGAUAUAUAUAUGUGUGUACACACUACUCUUUGCAUCACAAUCCAUGGGCCCAUACAGACAUAUAUUGUGUGACUAGAUAGCUAGCAUGCACCACUAGUAGUGACUUGUGCAUAUGCAUAAACACCAGUCAAUCAGUCAUAAUAGUACUUAUGCAUGGGAGACACACAUGUAAAUGACGGCGACUGCAUGCUACCACAAGACGUACACAGUGAUAUUUGUGUUACACUUAGCGCAGUAGCAAAGCACAUGCAUGUGUUGGGUCGAUGAUGUGAUGUAGUAACAUGUACUGCUCAUGGUUAUUAUGGCAAUAUAUAUAAGUGUGUUAUAACUUA